CGAUAUACAAUUAAAUGUUAAAGUACAAUUUUAUUACUCAAGUAAUGUUUAUAAACGCUAGAAAAUUGUAAAAAAAAAAGAAAUAUUUAUAUAUUUCCAUUAAUAAUACUUCAUACAUAAUUUGACUAACAGAUAUAAUCAAAAUGCACGGUAGAGUUAAAGUUCGAACAUCAGAAGAAGAAAAGGCAAGAAAGGAAAAGGAGAAACAAGAAAAGUUAAAACAUUUUAAAUAUGCUAUGCUCAAGAUAUUUACUAAACGAAAGAAUGCUGAGCAAGAUCAAGAGCAAUUAGAUCUCACUGGAAAAGUUUUGACAUCUAAUCCUGAUAUUUAUACUCUAUGGAAUAUAAGAAGAGAAGUAUUAACCAUUUUGAGUAAAACCAGUGAGAGUGAGGAGAAUGUUUCAAAGUUAUAUGAUUCUGAGCUAAGCUUAACUGAAUAUUGUUUAAAAAUUAAUCCCAAAUCAUACUGUUCAUGGCAUCAAAGAGAAUGGGUGCUUACUACGAGGUCUGAUCCUGAUUGGAAGAAGGAACUUGCAUUGUGUGAUACAUAUCUCAAAUUAGAUGAGAGAAACUUUCAUACAUGGGAUUAUCGCCGUUUUGUGGUCAGUCAAUGCAAGCCUCCGCUGCAAGAAGAAUUUGAUUUUACAACUGAAAAGAUAUAUGACAACUUUUCGAAUUAUUCAGCUUGGCAUUACAGAAGCAAAAUGUUGUUAGAAUUGUAUCCUGAUUUGAAGGGAGGAAGACCAAUUCAAGAUAAUCAUCAUAAGUAUGAACUAAAAAUGGUUCAAAGUGCAGCUUUUACUGACCCAGAUGAUACAAGUGCCUGGUUUUAUCAGAGAUGGUUGUUAGGUGCAGUCAAAGCCACAGUUCAAGUUGUUGCAUUUAUUGUUACACCAAGAAAAACAACCAUUGCUUGGAACAAAUGUGUUUCGAUUGAUUAUGUAAAUAACAAUAUAAAUGUAUAUUUUAAUAAUAACAUAAUAAAUGGCAAAUGGAUACCCUGCAAUGGACAUGAAUAUGACGAUUUAUGGAUUUUGGAACACAAUGAAGAAAUCAACAAUAAUAUAGACAUAAAGAUUGAGCAUACACAAAUAGAUGAAGAGAAAGAAAUCAUUAAUUGCAAACAAUAUGAACCUUGUGUUCAUGUAGGAAAAAGUAAAAUUAAUUUCCAAAAUCAAUAUUCAGAGCCUGUUGUACAAGAACUGACCGAGCAACUGGAGGCAUGUCGACAGUUAUUAGUUUUGGAGCCUGAUAAUAAAUGGACUCUGCUAACAACAACAGUAUUCUUGCAUUGUAUAAAUGCAAAAUUAUAUCACAAAGAAGUAAUAGAAAAUCUACAAAUAUUGAAAGAUUUAGAUUCCUUAAGAGCUGGAUACUACAAUGACUUAAUAACCAAGUGGAAUAUUGAGCAACAAUUACCAAGUGAUUAUCAAGACGAAAGUCUCCACUACAAAAGUGGAUCUAAGGAAAAGCUAACCAGUCUACCUCAUUUUCAAUAUUACAGUUAUUGCAAAACUGUUGAUUUGUCCAAUCAAGAUCUUACUUCAAUGACAUUACCAUUUUUAAUAAAGUUACAACAUUGUAAGGAACUGGAUCUGUCUGGCAACAAAUUAACUACAUUGAAAGAAUUUCCCAAUUUAGAAUUAGAAGUAUUAAAUAUACAAAACAAUUCUAAUUUGAGUUCAGAAGAUAUUGAAUUAUUUAAAGAAAAGCAUAAAACAAUAAAAGUAAUAUUUUAGUUACCUAAAGUAAUAAAUAUAAAUAAUAUAAAUU